AAUACAUUCUAACUGAUUUAGGCUGUUUAAAAGGCAAUUUACCAAAAAGUUUACUUCACCCUAUUGGACAAAAUACCUUAAAAUGACUGAAACUAACUAGUUUUUAUGUUUUUUCAGUUCCACUCCUGGCCGCAGGCGUCGCUCUGCAGUUACACCGACAGACGCUGCUCGGCGGUGGCGCUGCGGCGUUUCCGGCCCCGCGCGGGCUAACUUCCGGUUUAGCCCUCCAGCUAACGCGAAUGGCGGAAAGACGGUGAGCGCGCGGCUGCUCGCGGAUCACAGCGCGCGGGCGACACGAGGCGUUUCGUCAGCUGGGACAGAAGAAGCGGCCUGCCGGGAAACCAAGGAGCCGCAGUUUCAGAGGGACCUUGGACCCGGAUCUCAGCCUGAAGAGCAGUCCGGGAGGAGACCGGGAUGGACCGGCGGAACCGGGAGCCCCGGAGCGGGGUCCCCGGGAGCCCAGCGGCAGGCGCGAGCUCCGACAGCCCCGGUGUUCAGGAACGGAGAGGAAGACAUGGACUCAAAUGUCACCGCUGCCAGCACUGUGACAAAUCCUUCACAAGAUCUGGAUAUUUAAAGAUUCAUCAGAGAGUUCACACUGGAGAGAACUGUACAGCUGUGACCAGUGUGGGAAAACCUUCACUCAGUCAGGAAACCUAGAAGUUCACCGACGCGUUCACACUGG